AUGGCUGAACAGACUGAAAGAGCGUUUCAGAAGCAACCCACUGUCUUCCUCAACAAUAAACUUCGUACACUUGGUAUUGGUAAGAAGUCAAAAAAAGAUAUUCGCUAUGUACGAAACGUUGGUCUCGGUUUCAAAACACCUCGUGAGGCAAUAUCCGGUACUUAUAUAGACAAAAAAUGUCCUUUCACCGGCAACGUUGCAAUUCGAGGCAGAAUCCUGACUGGUGUUGUCGUAAAAACUAAGAUGCAGCGAACAGUCGUUAUUAGGAGAGACUAUCUGCACUUCAUCAAAAAAUACCGACGUUACGAGAAACGGCAUAGGAAUAUUUUGCUUGUUAAUCGAGAACAUCGAAAACAUUUCAGAGAUGUGGCGGUCGGUGAUAUCGUUACGGUUGGUGAAUGUCGUCCACUAUCCAAAACAGUUCGAUACAAUGUCUUGAAAGUAUUGAAGGCGUCAGGCUCGAAGAAGGGAUUUGAAAAGUUUUAA